GUGACGUAAAGAAUCACGCCACAUCCCCUUCCAAUCAUGCGGGAGCUCCUAUUGGCUGAGAAGAAAAGCUAUCCAAAAAUACGGUAACAUUUCAUCAAAGCGGAUCGUGGUUCUCUUGUUUAUUUCAAUAGAACAUUGAUAAUAAUAAUAUAAGUGCAAGUUUAAGUGAAAAAGCGGAAAGGUUAUCAGAAAGGAGAUAAGGAGUCCAAGGUUCCCGUCUGGACCGUAAAUCAUUGGGAAAUGGAUGGUCUUGGGAUCAACUUGGCCCUGGGGGCCUUAAAAACGUUGGCCUUUGUUUACGAUAUCAUCACGUUCCCCGUCUACUUGAUCCUUCAAAGACCGUGGAUCCAUAGGCAAUUGUCGAGGAAAAUACAGGGUAUUAUUGUUUCGACCGAGAGCGGCAAUCCAAAAAAUGACGUAAGCAUUGACAUUAGAGGAAACGAGUAUACUAACAAAUCUACCCAAUCUCCGAUAUAUAAAAAGGCAAAACCCAUUUCGGAAGAUACGAAAACCAUCACGUAUAGAUCGACCGUUGAUCCCGGCGUGCACCAUGUCACAUUGGUCAGGGAGAACAUCGACACCAUGGCAAAAAUGUUCGAGUACUGCAGCAAGAAGUACCCGAACAAACGUUGUCUCGGUACCAGGCAAAUUUUGAACGAAGAGGACGAGAAGCAACCCAACGGAAGAGUAUUCAAAAAAUAUAACAUGGGCGACUAUAAAUGGAAAACUUUUGCCGAAAUCAACAGUCUAGCCAUAAACUUUGGAAAAGGUUUGAGGGAAUUGGGAAAUCUGCCCGGUCAAAAUAUAGUUAUCUUCGCCGAAACAAGGGCUGAAUGGAUGAUUGCGGCCCACGCCCUUUUCAAACAAAACAUCCCUCUGGUGACGAUUUACGCCACUUUGGGUGAUGAAGCUAUCGCUCACGGUAUAAACGAAACUGAAGUCACCACCGUCGUGACUUCGUACGAUCUCAUGCCCAAAUUCAAGAAUAUCCUUAAACUGACGCCAAAAGUGAACACCUUGAUCUACAUGGAGGACCAAUUGAAGGAUUUGGACCCCUCCGGUUACAAGGACGACGUCGAAAUUCUUAAAUUCAACGAAGUGUUGCAAAAAGGUUGCAAAUCCACCAAGCAAUCGACGCCUCCAGGUCAAGAGGACACCGCCAUCAUAAUGUACACCAGCGGAAGUACAGGCGUGCCCAAAGGCGUCGUUCUGCUGCACAAAAACCUGAUAACCACGCUGAAAGGUUUCUGCGAUUCCACGGAUAUCUACGAGAACGACGUGAUGAUCGGAUUCCUGCCUCUGGCGCACGUUUUCGAACUUUUGGUGGAGAGCGUUUGCCUUUUGACUGGCGUUGCUAUUGGCUAUUCCAGUGCUUUGACCAUGAUCGACUCCAGCAGCAAAAUCAAGAAGGGAACCAAAGGAGACGCCUCAGUAUUACACCCCACCUGCAUGACAAGUGUACCUCUGAUUCUGGAUAGGAUAUCAAAGAGCAUCCAGGAAAAGGUGAGCAAAGGCGGCGACCUGAAAAAGGUGAUCUUCAAAUUCGCGUACGAUUACAAAGUGAAAUGGACGAAUAGAGGUUACGAGACUCCGCUGGUGGACAAAGUGGUCUUCAAACCGGUAAGGGAACUGAUGGGAGGCCGCAUGAGGCUGGUAAUUUCCGGAGGCGCACCUUUAUCUCCGGAGACUCACGAGCAAAUCAACUGCUGCCUUUGCGUGACCAUCAUCCAAGGUUACGGACUGACCGAAUCCACUUCUUGCGCAUGCGUGCAGUACUACUACGAUAAGACUUUUGGCCGCGUUGGAGCGCCGUGUACAAUUUGUGAUAUUAAGCUGAUGAACUGGGAGGAAGGCAACUACCGGGUGACGGAUAAACCUUACCCCAGAGGAGAGGUUCUCAUUGGUGGCGACAAUAUUAGUGCUGGUUACUAUAAAUUGCCCGGGAAAACUAACGAAGACUUCUUUGAAGAAAACGGAAAACGCUGGUUCAAGACUGGAGACAUUGUCGAAGUUCAUUCCGACGGAGUUGUCAAAAUUAUCGAUCGUAAGAAGGAUUUGGUGAAACUGCAAGCUGGCGAAUACGUUUCCUUGGGCAAAGUGGAGGCCCAAUUGAAAACCUGCCCCCUGGUAGACAACAUUUGCGUCUACGGAGAAUCUUCGAAGCACUAUUGCGUCGCAUUGGUGGUGCCCAACCAAUCGCAAUUGAAGGAUUUGGCUGUGAAAAAGGGACUGUCCGCGAAUUUGACGUUCGAGGAGUAUUGCCAAUCUCCCGAACUGGAAAAGGCCGUUCUUAUCGAGCUAAACGAACAUGGAACGAAAAGCAAAUUGGAAAAGUUCGAGCUUCCGGCCGCCGUGAAAAUGGUGACGGAGGUGUGGUCCCCCGACAUGGGACUGGUGACUGCCGCGUUCAAGUUAAAGAGAAAAGACAUCCAGGAGCGUUACAAGACCGAAAUCAACAGGAUGUACGCCUCUUGAAACAGGGCCUCGUUUUUUUAAUUCCACGCGCAACACAAUACAAUACAAACAAUUUCUCCCCCGAUUUUAUCCUCCCUUCUCCCAUGGGUCCUGUAAUUUUUUAAUUCGUCUGUCCAGUCUAUUUUUACCAAAAUUUUUAUACUGUGUAUUUUGUAUAGAAGCUUUAAUUGUAUAUUUAUAAAUGGCUUUUCAUACAAUUCUUCUUAGUUUAUGCAGAUUUAUACAAAAUGUUGUAGUUUUGUAAGUUUUUUGAGAUUUAUUCAACUUAAUGCGAAUUCUGUUUUUAGCAAAAGAAUUCUUGUUAUUUUUGUUGUUAUUUGUUAUAUUUUAAAAUUAACUACGCCCUAAAGACUGUAAAUACCGUAAUUAUUUUAAGGGAAUACUUGUCGCAGAUUGAUCCAACCAUUUCAGUUAAAACAAAAAUAAUUAAUUGGACAAGUAUGAUCAUUGAUGUGUAUUAUAACAAAUAAUGUAAAUGUAAAUAUUAGGAAAUUAGUAAUUUUAAGUAGGUACAUAAAAUUCCUUAUUUUUCACAAUGGUGCUGCAAGAGAGAGACACAAUUGAUUCUUGAUAUUCACAAAGUUUUUGCGAUUUUAUAAUAAUUUCUACUUAGCCAAUUAGAUUAGAUAUGGGUUGGACUACUUUCUAGGAAUUAUAACAUCACAUUUCCUUAUCAUAGUGUAAUUAUUUUUAAAUCUAAAUUUUAGAUUGUUUUUCUGUACAAGAGCCUUUUUUGAUAAUGUAUUAUUAAUGUAAGAAAAUUUAUUUAUUUAAUAGUGUGUGAAUGAAUCGCAGAAUGUAUAUAGUUAUGUGCAAUGGAGUAAUAAAUUUACAUAAUUUUAA